CCGCCCCCCGCCCGCGGAGCCCCGCCCAGGUCGCGGGCGCCCGAGUCUCGGGGUGUGCGGGCGCGCGGCAGCAGCGGGAGGGCGGCAUGGAGCCCCGCACCGCGGACGGCUGUUUCCUGGGCGACGUGGGUUUCUGGGUGGAGCGCACCCCGGUGCACGAGGCCGCCCAGCGCGGCGAGGCCCUGCAGCUGCAGCGGCUGAUCGAGAGCGGCGCCUGUGUCAACCAGGUCACCGUGGACUCCAUCACGCCCCUGCACGCAGCCAGUCUGCAGGGCCAGGCGCAGUGUGUGCAGCUGCUGCUGGCUGCCGGGGCCCAGGUGGAUGCCCGCAACAUCGACGGCAGCACACCCCUGUGUGAUGCCUGCGCCUCUGGCAGCAUCGAGUGUGUGAAGCUGUUGCUCUCCUACGGGGCCAAGGUCAACCCACCCCUGUACACGGCAUCCCCGCUGCACGAGGCCUGCAUGAGCGGAAGUUCUGAAUGUGUGAGGCUUCUGAUUGACGUUGGGGCCAACCUGGAAGCACAUGACUGCCACUUUGGGACCCCUCUUCAUGUCGCCUGCGCCCGGGAGCACCUGGACUGCGUCAAAGUGCUGCUGAACGCAGGUGCGUUGGCAUUUGCUGCUGUGCUGCUCAGGGCAGGGGCCAAUGUGAACGCGGCGAAGCUUCACGAGACCGCCCUGCACCACGCAGCCAAGGUGAAGAACGUUGACCUCAUUGAGAUGCUCGUUGAGUUCGGAGGCAACAUCUACGCCAGGGACAACCGGGGGAAGAAGCCAUCCGACUACACCUGGAGCAGCAGCGCGCCUGCCAAGUGCCUGGAGUUCUACGAAAAAACACCUCUGAGCCUGUCGCAGCUCUGCAGGGUGAGCUUGAGGAAAGCCACUGGCGUCAGAGGACUGGAGAAAAUCAGCAAGUUGAACAUCCCUCCCCGGCUCAUCGAUUACCUUUCCUAUAACUGAGCCGCAGGCCCCAGCUGGAGGUGGAGGGGCAGGUGCAGGGGGGACACUGUGCUGCCGGCCUCCCCGUGCCCAGCGGCCAGCCCAGGUUCAGCCGCUGCAGCUGCCCGACGGCUAGAGAUAGAACGACGUUCCCUGAGUCCCCGUCGGCUGUCCUGUCUUGUCUUCUCUGCAGACUCCUGGAGAAUAUUCCUGAGGCUUCAGGGAGGCCCAGCCUCAGCAUCUGCGGGGCCGUGGCCCUGUGCUGGCUCUCCUGGAACUUCGCUCCUGUGUCCUCCUGUCACUGACCUGCUUUGCAGGGACUCAGGAAGGACUCCUCUGGGAGCACAGGGGAAGGCCAGGUGGGGCUGGGGGACCAGGACCCUGCUGCCUGGGAGGUCGGGGCUCCUGGCACUGUCGCCGAGUCCAUCAGCACUAUGGUGGCUCGGGUGUCCGAAGGGACCCCCUGUGCUGCAGAGGUGGGCUCCUGACCAUGUGGCCUGGGACAGCUGCUUUGGGAACAUCCGACUACUUGGAUGCUGCUUUUCUGGAGCUGUGGUUGGCCCAUUCCAAGGCCCACCUGUGCCCAUCACUCAGGGGGCUUUGCACGGGUCUGAGUUGGGGGAGGCUGAGGCUACUUGUUCCCCACACUAGCACAGUGUUUCUUAGGAGCUUUUCAGGCCUCUGCUCUUAAAAAGUACGUAGGGGACACUCUCUUUUAGAGCAAACAUAGGCUGUAGCACGUAGGUUUUGUUAAUGAGUCUGUCAAACAGGUAAUGUGAAGGUGUAUCCUCCUGGAUGCUGGGGGUGGUUGUUUCCAACAUAAAGGACCGUCAGGAUGCUCCAUAGGGACGAUCGUUCACCUGUUUCUGCAGUUACCAGAUUCUCUUCUUACCCUAAAUUUUGCUCACUCCUCGAAGCUCUGCAACUGGUAGAAGAGGUUGCCAGUGCCCGGUAUUAACCACCACCCGACGCGUGCGUUUUGCGGAUACGUACGGAGCAUCUGUUACGUUUCAGGAGUUGUCUGAGUGCUCUGAGCCGCGUAGGAACGAGACUCUUUGCCCAAGGCAGGGGAAGAAGCCGUUUAACAGCCCGUUCCUGUAGUAAUAGAAACAAUUAAUCCUCACUCUCAGCCACGGGCAUGUGCAGCAGUUCAUCCAGGUUGCAUUUGUGUUAGCCUCUGUAUCCUAACUUAAAAACACAAACAGGAACCAGGCGGUUAAAACUAGAGGACUUUGGCAUAGUUGGUUCAGGGCUGUUUGGCUUCCGAGGAAACGGGGAAGGCAGCGCCCGUGCCCGACGCUGGCAAACGUCCCCAGGUGCCCCCAGGGGAGCGUGCGGAGUAGAAUGAGCCUGGAUUGGGGAAGCCAACGGUGCUGCACAUCGGGGGGUGUCGCAGUUACUUGGUGGGGCCCUGGAUCCGGGGAGAGUUCCACAGUGGCCGCCGCCACGGGCGUUUUCUGUCUCAGAAAUGACAUUGAUGCCUUUGGCACGGUGGUGUCUGGCUGGGCGCUGGGAAUGGGUCACUCCCAUCCAGGACCGGCUGAGACCCAAGUUCGGGGUAAAUGGGUGUUUUUGCCGUGUGCUGAUGGUGAUGGCGACAACAAAGUCCCUGGGCUCCGUCCACCCAUGUUUUUUUUUUUUUUUUCGUUCAUCCAGUUUGUUACAGAAACUGGCCCCGGGCCAUGAAGCUGCUGACGCUUCUUCCUCCCAUGGAGCACUGAGUGCAGAGUCUCACGCUCACGGCUCGAUGAAACUUGUCCGGUAGAGCCCGUCCUCAGGCUCCGCACAAGGCCCUUCUGUUGGGAGCAGAGACACUGAUCAUUGUGUUGGGGGGGGGGGGGGGUUGGGCUGUCAUCUUCAAGGGAUGGGGCCCGGCCCAUGUCCCAGAGUCCCAUCUCCCCACCUCUCUGUCCCCUCCUGAUGUCGCUGCUGCCCUCGUGGACAGAGCUACUGCCCGAGGGACCAGAUGUCCAAGACUUCGGGGACUCCCGUGGCUUUCCUCCCCACAGCCUUACUGCGAUCUACCCUGAGUCCAAGUCGACCAGAGACCAAUUUGCUCCUCUGAGCCCAGAUCUUCCCAGCCGCCGGGGAGGGACAUAAGGUCAGACUUGGAUCGUUAAAAGGACAUUGAUUAAAAAUAAAUAAAAAAAUAAAAAUAAAAAAUAAAAGGACAUUGAUGAUCAACUCCCGAAUCUUACCAAUGAGAACAGGAGGCCCCGAUAGCCUGUGGUUUGGGGAGGCUGAAGUUGGGUGAUUAAAACAUGCCUUGAAAAGUAUAAAGUGCUCCCCAGACAUAAAAGUUACAUGGAUACGCGUGUGUUGUGGGUUUGUGGAUGUCUGCCGACGUUAGAGCUGUGUAAAUGACUUCAGACUUUGGGACAGUUCCACUUAUCUCAGGAGUCACAGGUGGGACGACCUCUCAGUUGACGUGUUAGAACUCACCCGGUAGGGCCGCCUAGGGGGGCGCAGCGGUUGAGCGUCUCCCUUCCGUUCAGGGUGUGACCCCGGGAUCCUGGGAUCGAGUCUGCAUCGGGCUCCCCAGGGGAGCCCUCUUCUCCCUCUGCCUGUGUCUCUGCUUCUCUGUGCAUCAUUCAUGCAUAAAUAAUAUCUUUAAAAAAUAAGUAAAUAAAGACGAAGAGAUCCGUGUAGCUGUUAAUAAAGUGGAUUCUGUUUAA